AACCUAUAACCCCUGGAUCAUAAUAAAACUACCUUACCAUUGUGAUUAGGCUCGCCUUCAAUUAUUUAACUAUACAAAUUAUAAUAAUUUCUCAAGUUAGUAGAUACCGAAACUUCCUGUGAAGAAACCAAACUAACUAACAAAUUAAGUAAAAGGACACCUUUUGGGGUGAGGCAUAUAAAUAACAGUCCUGCAUAGCAAACCUAAUGUGAUCAUACUACCCUGUUAUUAGAAUUCCAAGCAAGUUUCUAAAGUCUAAUCUUCCCAUGAAUCAAUUAGUUGUGUUCAUUUUACUUGUUUUCUUCUUCUUCUUCCAUGUCAAAGCACAAUCUCCUAGCUCUGCGCAGGACAUGCUUUCCCAACAUCCAACCAGUUUUCAACAUGCGAACAUAACAUUUGUCAUCGGUGUCCUCUGCGUCAUGGUUUCACUAAUAUUCAUCAUCCUUGUCUUUGCAAAGUUCUAUCUUCUGUCAUCAUCUGUUGAUAACAAUCAACAAACUCAAGAUGGAGUACUUACUCAAUCAAGGCCUCGAUUCUCCGGAAUUGAUAAAACAGUGGUCGAGUCUCUUCCUUUCUUCAGAUUCUCUUCACUCGAUGGAUCAAGGGAAGGACUUGAAUGUCCAGUUUGCCUAUCUAAGUUCCAAGAUACUGAAAUUCUUCGGUCACUGCCCAAGUGCAAGCAUGCCUUUCACAUCAACUGUGUUGAUCCAUGGCUCGAGAAGCACUCAAGCUGUCCUCUUUGCAGGACUAAGGUCAGUGCUGAUGACCUUACGUACUCGAAUAGUUCAAACUACUUAUGGAACCAGUCAGAGCGGCGACAGGACUCAAACUUGGAGCUUGUUGUCCAGAGAGAGGAAGACCAUCAUGGCUCUUCAAGAUUUUGCAGUGGAAGUAGCUUUAGGAAAUCUGGAAAGGGUAAGAAAGAAGAAGAAUUGCCAAUCCAAGAAAAUUGUGAUAGCCACGAAAAUGAAAAAGGUCUGCAUAAGUUGAAGAAUAGAUGGAGCAGUGUGAGUUCUUCUGACCUCAUGCUCUUGAAUUCAGAGAUGCUUAAUGCUAUGUCAAGCUAUAGAUUCUCUUCAUUGGAUACAAAUAACGAUCAAUUCGUUACAGGGAGUAGGGUUGCAGAGAGAGAAAUUAUGUUGAAUCCCAAGGCAGAGAGAUCGAUGUCAGAGAUAGCAGUUCAUCCAAGAUUUAUAGAGCUGAACAUGAGAAGUAGUAUUAGAGACUCGACUCAUCCUGAAAAUAAUGUCGAGGAGGACAGAUUGAAGAGACUUUGGUUGACAAUUGCACGAAGAACAGUUCAAUGGUUUGCAAAUAGAGAGGAAAGGACACAACAGUACUCUCACAACACAAGAGAGUCACUGAAUGUGUAGUUUUGCAAAAUUUGUGCAUUUCAAACUACUAAUGAGGAGUGUGAAACCUCGCUCAUUGAGCACUCUAUUUAAGCUGAUCAAGAGGAGCAGAUGUAUCAUCCAUUUGUUUAUUUCCAUGAUUCACUUGGAACUUCAUAUUAAGUUUGUUAAUUGAUCAUGUUCUUAUUGUAAAUAGAUAUAGUAGCACUCUGUAUAUGUUUUACACAUCAUAUAU